AUGCUUCCUGGCCGUGAAUCACCGACGAAGAGCCCAUUCACAGAGGAAGCGAGCCGUGGAAAACGGCCUACAUCGACAAUGACGAGCUACACCUGCCGAGAGCCUCCGUGUAUAAAACCCAGCACCAUGAGGUUCAAGACUCAAAACACCUACCUCCAUCCUCAUCGCUUCAACACGCUCGCACACUCAUCACCAUACAAAAUGGAUCCUCGACCAUAUAACCACUGGGUCGUGGCCGGCUUCAUCAUCAUCCACGUGGUCCUCCUCUGCUGGAUCCUCUCCAUCUCCAUCGCUCUCCAAAGAGAUCGCCACGCACGACUAGUCGGACGCAAGCUUACACAACGACCUUUCCGAACCAAGAGAGCAGAGUUUCCGUGGAAGGACGCGCUUCGGGAGACGGAGGUGGUUGCAGAUGAUGGCGCUGAGCCUUUGCUGCCGACGUCGCCUCGCGGAACGGGAUGGGGAUCGGGGAACAGACGGACAAGCUGGAAGCACAACGACGAGUGGGGAGAAGGCGCGUUUGCGUGA